AUGGUGACGAAAGGAGUUGCGGUGUUUAGUGCGAUCGUUUUAGGGUGCUUCUUGUGCGGAGUGCAAGGUGUUCGAGUGGCCGAGCAAAAAUGCCAGGAGUACAUCAAGACCAUCGCCUCCCUUAACCCCGUGCCGGUUGACCGUACUAACGAGUUCGUAACGCAAAUAAACGGAGUCCCUGCGAAGGAGGCCGAGUUCCCGCACCAGGUCCGACUCGGCCAGUGGCUCUACGAGGACGACGAUGAUCCGAGUUUCAUCCUCCGCUGCGGUGGGGCUUUGAUCAGUGAAAACUACGUUUUGGUAUCCGGUCACUGCAUUUGGGCUGUGGGUGAUAUAAGUGAUGGGUAUGUUUCUCUUGGGCGCCACGACUAUACGAAAAACUCGUCCCUACCGGAGGUACAGAUCAAACAUGGAUCAGAUAACUUCAUACAGCAUCCGAACUUUAAACUGCAAUCGGCGUACGACGACAUCGGGCUGUACCUUUUGACAGAGCCGGUCAACUUCACCUCCCACAUCUAUCCGGCCUGUCUCUGGACGGACGAAAGUCCCCUGCAACUGAACAAAUUCACUGCAACCUCGUUUACACUGGGGAAGGCAGUGAACGACUCGGAUGAUACGCACGUGGCGAAGCUCCUCGUGAACGUAGUCCCUAAUGCUGAAUGUGACGCGGAAUUUGUGAACAGUACCUAUUUCGAUGACGGUCUGACCGACAAUCACAUCUGUGUGGAGUCGCCCGUUGAGUGGAAAUCGGCCUGCCAAGGAGACAUGGGUGGUUUGCUACAAACUCUUGAGAAGGAUUCGAAAACCGUCUACCGCCUGUACGGAGUGGAGCCCUCUGGAAAUGACUGUGAGGAAAAUCAUUUGAAGUUUUCCUACACUAAGGUUCAAAAGUAUCUGGAUUGGAUCGAGGAGAUUGUCUGGGGCGCCUAG